AUGCCGAAGUUUUCCGACCUUCCCUCGGAGCUGGUGCUGGAAGUAUGCGACUUCUUGCUUUCCGGAAGUCCCAAGACCCUUGAACGUGCGUUCGCCGGCGAGAGCAACGCAUACCUCUGCGGUUACGACAUCUGCAAGGCGAUACGACAAGGUUGGAAGGACGUUCUCAACUUAUCAUGCAGCAGCCGCCGAUACCGAGAGCUUCUUGUCGAUCAGCACAAUCACGUGUACCGCACCAUCGCAGUCGGCGGCUACAACAACUUCAAGCAGCUUCUCUCUCUUCUCCGCUUUUUGGAUAAGAAGCCCGAAUUGGCUACAGGUGUCAAGACCUUGUAUCUCACCCUGAUUCCGGAAUUCACCACUUCGUACAUGGCGGAACUUCAAAUCGACGACCUCAAACUCAUCAGAACGCAGGCAGCAGCGGCCAACAUCUCAUACUCCAAGAACCUCUGGACGAAGCCCAAGCCAUCAGAAAAGCGUAUCUGCCGCCUCUCCGCAGACUACGAUUACGAUUACGGUGAAAUGUGCGAUUGCGAAUACUGCAUGGACAUGUGGGACGAUUGUGGAGAUUUUGACGAGGAGGAACCCCAUGCGUCAUGCGAUUACGAGCGUAUGGGAAUGCUAACCAGCCUGAUUCUUCACAAGAUGAAAGGCCUGGAGCAGUUUGGUUGCAGUAUCUCCAAAGAUUCCUUCAGCAUGGUUGGCGACGGCAAGCAAUGCUCACUGCCGAUUCUCCCAGAGCUCCAAUAUCUCGCCAUUGCAAAGGAGUUCACAGAGCACGAAAUAUCUCCGAACGACUUCAAGGUGUUGACAGGCCUUGGAAAUACCAUGACGCACCUCUGCUUGAGCGACAUUGGGCCGGUGCAAGGUCACGUGAGCGAAAGCGGUUUGCGCAUCCAAAAGUUCGAAAACAUCGCUCACCUUGUAUUGACCGGAAUGGCAUUCUGCAACGAAACGCUUUGCGAAUUUCUCGACGACUUCUGCGGACCGCUGACGUCGUUCAAGUUUCUUCCUGAAAUAACUGGCAUGACGUACUGGGAUUUCGCCUACGAGGUUACUGCGAUGCCGCAGGAGGUUGUCGACGCUCUACUUCCAAAGCAUGCAGAUUCUCUCCGCACGCUCUGCAUUGACUUCACCUGGUUCCACGACGAUGAUUUCUGGUUCGAACGGGAGGUAAUCGACACCUUGGAAGGCUUUGUGAACUUGGAGAGUCUUUGGAUUGAUUGCGACUGCAUUUCUGUGCCCUGGUUCGGAGAUGAUAGCGAUAAUGACAGCGAAAUUGCGGAUGCGGAUGUCUUCGGCCGUCCGAAAAACGUCGUCAUUGAAGACUUGCCGCGAAACCUUCGGCAAAUCUAUUUCGCGGGGGGUCUCGAGAACAUCAUGCCUGAUUUGGCACGGCUGGCGGCGAACAGUAACGUGUUCCCUCGCCUCGAGUCUAUCGAGUUGGACCGUAACGAGAAGGAGAUCGUGGAAACUAUGACCGCAAAGGGGUUCAAGCCUUCACUGGCAACUGUCAAGCGGGCUACUAUGUGGGAUACAGAAUGA